UAUUUUUUGACAUUGCUGUUAUACGCAAGCGUUUGUGGUUUUUUAAUCCUUCAAUUUUUCACCACGCGUGUCAAAAUGGCGAAAAAGAAACCAGAGGAUAAAAGUAAUCAAAACGAUGAUAAUACAAAAAACGAAAGUGAUUAUUCAUCAAACGGCGAAGAGCCAGACUUUAGUGAUCCCGAGGGAUACGAAGACGACAUUUCAGAUGAAGAACUACUGGGGGAUAUUUUAAAAGAAAAGCCCAAAGAGACUGAUGGAGUUGAAAGUGUAAUAGUAGUAGAUGGAGUACCACAAGUCGGGCCCAAUCGUAUUGACAAAUUAAAAUCGGUUAUUAAUAAAAUUUUUGUGAAAUUUGGACCGAUAAUUAACGAGUUUUAUCCUGUUAAUAGUGAAGGGCAUACGAAGGGAUACAUUUUUAUAGAAUAUUCUUCACCUAACCAUGCAGCUGAAGCUGUUAAACACACAAACAAUUUCAAAUUGGAUAAACAACAUACGUUUCAAGUUAAUAUUUUCACUGAUUUUAAUAAAUAUGAACAAAUUCCAAAUAAAUGGGAACCACCAGAACCUCAACCUUAUCAGGGACAAGCUGAUCUUCAUUUCUACCUGCUUGAACCUGAUGCAUAUGAUCAGUUUGCAGUUGUGACUGCACAAGGGCAAUCUGUACAAAUUUGGCAAAAUACCCAACCAGAUCCUACUAUUGUGGAAGCUAGAAAUAAUUGGGGUCAAACUUAUAUUAAAUGGUCUCCAGUGGGGACGUUUUUGGCAACUUUUCACAAGUUGGGUAUAGCUUUAUGGGCAGGACCUUCAUUUUCUCAAUACAAAAAGUUUUCACACGCUAAUGUUCAAUUCAUAGAUUUUUCACCUUGUGAGAAAUAUAUAGUAACAUAUUCUCCACAAGGAGAUCCUCAUUAUCCAGAACAAAAAAGAAUAAUAAUUUGGGACAUUAGGACCGGUAUUGAGAAACGUUCUUUCAAUCCAGAAGGGCCGACAGCUUGGCCAAUUUUCAGAUGGUCCCACGAUGACAAAUAUUUCGCAAGAAUUGGACAAAAUAAUGAUGCGCUUCAAGUAUAUGAAACACCAUCUUUUGGAUUGUUAGACAAAAAAUCUAUCAAAAUUAAUGGAAUUAGAGAUUUCAAUUGGUCUCCAACUGAUAAUGUUGUUGCAUAUUGGGUAGCCGAAGAUAAAGAUGUUCCUGCUAGUGUUACUUUACUUGAAUUGCCUAAUAGAAAUGAAAUUAGGAAGAAAAAUUUGUUUAAUGUGGCUGAUUGUAAGAUACAUUGGCAAAAAUCCGGCGAUUACCUUUGCGUUAAGGUAGACAGAUAUUCCAAGGUUCGUAAGGAGAAGAAUGAAAUGAAAUAUUCAGGUAUGUACUGCAAUUUCGAAAUCUUCCACAUGAAAGAGAAGCAAAUCCCAGUUGAUAGCGUUGAAUGUAAAGAGCCAAUUCAAGCUUUUGCUUGGGAACCUGUUGGAUCAAAAUUCGCCAUGAUACACGGCGAAUCCCCUAACAUUAACGUCAGUUUUUAUGAAGUAAGAGUGGGACAAGCUCCUAUUUUAUUGAAGAGAUUCGAAAAGAGAGCAUGUAACCAUUUAUUUUGGUCCCCCAGCGGACAGUUUAUUGUGCUUGCCGGAUUGGGAUCCAACGGAGGUGGAUCAUUGGAAUUUGUAGAUACACAUGAAUUUUUGGUCAUGAAUACUACAGAUCACUAUCAGAUGUCUGAUGUUGAGUGGGAUCCGACCGGUAGAUAUGUGGUUACUGGUGUAUCAUUUUGGAAGACUAAAGUAGAUACAGGUUAUUGGAUUUGGUCGUUCCAAGGUAAAAUCCUCAAGCGUGUCAAUUUGGAAAAAUUCGCGCAAAUAUUGUGGAGGCCUAGACCUCCCUCAUUAUUAAGUGAAGAAAAACAGAAGGAAAUUAAGAAGAAUCUUAAGAAGUAUUAUCCACAAUUUGAGAGUAAGGAUAGGAUGAGACAGUCUAAAGCUUCUAAGGAACUCAUAGAGAAGAGAGCCGCUCUAAUGGAGAAGUUCCAGAGUUAUAGGGAAGAGAGAAUUCAAGAAUAUUUGGAACACAAAGCAAGGCGUUUACAACUUAGAAACAAUAUUGAUACCGACGAAUUAGAUGCAGAUACUGAAAACGUAGAAGAAGAAGUAGUGGAAUUCUUUAUAAAAGAAGAAAUAAUUCCAGUCGAUUAACAUCAUAUUGAGGAAACUGCUUUUUUCUCUGUGUGUGUUUUAUUGGAACAUACUCGGGGGAUAUUUCAAGUUCGAGCGUCAGCUAAUUAUAUAUUAUUCUUCUUUUUUAGACGUCGACAUCAAUAUUUGUUAACCAAGUGUCUUGUUGUAGUUUUUAUAUUUUUUGACACGCGUUCGGAUUAACUCCAAACAUCAUGGACAUUAUUGUUAAACGCCUUGCGGUUAUUAUAAUAAAAUAUUUCUUAAG